AGUGACAUGCAUCUCUGUACCACGCGAUGCCCGUGUCAAAGAUGCCAUGCACUCCAUGCAAUGCACCAAGCUCAGAAGCCUGCAGUAUAUAUAGCGACGGAUUGGAGCGGAUGCAGAGGUUGGCGAGAGGUUGAUGGCGGUCGACGGAGGAGGGAGAAUGGGCGGCGAGGAACGAGCAGCGCCGAGGGGUUACGUGCCCGUGCUGGUGGGCGCGGCCGCAGCAGAGGAGGAGGGGUUGCAGAGGUUCCUGGUGAGCGUGGAGGCGUUCAAGCAUGCAUGCUUUGUUAGCUUGCUGGAGAUGGCGGCUGGGGAGUUCGGAUACCGGCAGAAGGGAGUCCUCAGAAUACCUUGUGAUCCCGAGCACUUCCGAAGAGUGCUUAAGAUGCCGAUCAAAGACAGAAAGCGAGUGUUCGAGGCGGUCAGCAAACCUGUGGAAUGAGAAGCCAGUGAGAAUGGAGAUAUCCAUCUCUCCGGUGUACUUUUGUGCAUUUCUUUUUCUGUUUUGUU